AUGGAGCCGGGUGCCGGGGGCGAAGUGGGGGCGCUGCAGGCCGUAGGGGCUGGGGCGGUGGCGGCCGAGCGUGUGUGGGAAGACGAGGCCUGGCAGGCCGGAGGCGAGGCCAGCCUGGGGGCGGAAUUGGUGGUCUUGGUGGAGGACACAAUGGCGGCGCCUGGGCUUGGGGCAGAGGAAGACGAGGGGGACGAGGAGGCUGAAGAGGAGGCUGCGGAGGGGCAAGGGGCUGAGGAGGUUAAGGAGGAAGGGGAGAAAGAUGACAAGGAAGAGUCUGUUGAGGAAGAGGCUAAGGAGGAGGAUGAGCAACUUAAGGAGGGAGAGGAGCCUGAGGGGGAUUCUGUGGAGGAAGGGGCUAAGGCUGAAGAGGCCAAAGAGGAGGAUUUUGAAGAGCAGGUGGCUGAGGACGUGGAGGCAGAGGCGGACAAGAGGGAAGUGGCCAGGGAGGAGAGCCAGAAGGAGGAAGCAGCCCAGGAGCUGCAGGAGAAGCAGGACGGGGAAGGUGAGUGAGGGGCACAGCCAGGUCCGCCCCGGUCCCCGCUCCAGGCCCUGCAGGCCCUGCAGUCAGAGCUGGAGCCCGUGAACAAGGCCGCCAGCAGGGCCUUCUCACUCAAGCUCAGGUUCUGGUAGAGGCGACGGCAUCACCUGGAACACCGAAGCACCCUCAUCCGGGGCAUCCCUGGCUUCUGGGCCAAGGCUUUUGUGAACCACCCGCAGAUGUCAGCCAUGAUCAGUGGCCAAGAUAAAGGCAUACUUGUCUCCAUGACAGAUUUGAAGGUGGAGGAACUCGAGGCUCCCCAUGAUCGCGGCAAGAUCCUGCUCUUCUCUCGCAAGAACUCCUACUGCCGCAAUGAAGUCGUUGAGAAGCAGUAUGUCCUCAGGGCCGCUGGGUACGAGCCGUCUCACUCCACUCGCAUCCAGUGGCACCCCUGUUACGCACGGGACACCCGUAGCCGCAGACACCAUGACAGCCGCCUAAACUUCUUCAACAGGUUCCUGACUGACCACAGCUUGGCCGGGUCUAGCAGGCUAGCUGAGAUCAUCAUGGACAACCCGUGGCUCAAUCCCCUGCAGUACUACGUGAGGAAGAAGGCCCCAGCAGAGGGAACUGAGACGACGGCAGAGUUUUCCCAGUCAUCUCCCUGGGCAAUCUCCUGUGCCCACCGCAAUCAGCCAGAGAACACUGGCCAGCACGCACAGAUAGAUUGGCUACGUGGACAGAGGAAAGGGAAAGGGGCAGGUGGGGUGCUGGAGCUCAUGGGAUUCCCGUCGAUGCUUACUACUCUGCCUGGGCACCCUUAUUCCGUGGAAGGGAUGGGGCCGUAUGCUUGCCCAGAGGUCUGGGUCACACAAGCUCUGGGACUGCACCCCAGCGUGGCGGAGGUCCUUCCCCUGGGGAUGGUGGAGGCCUUCCUGACACCUCAGGCGGCAUGUAUCCUAUCCCAACACAGUACCCCCCCGCCCCCGGGAGCAGACCUCUACGAGGUGUGUCUUGUCUCGGAGGACGUGGAGCGCGGGAGGCUUUCUGGCGGCGGGCAGACAAGGGAUUCAGCCGCUGGAUUUCACUUCCUGGCGCCAGGCAAGGGGUCCCGGACGGAUGGCUGCGGGUCCCGCCUCCGUCGCCUGCCCUCGCCAGCGGCCUGGGCUCAGGGCCACGGCCACAUGGAGAGGGAGUCGAGGUCCGGGGAAGGCGGGGCGGCCGCAGAAGCCUGGACCACGUUGGUCGCAGACGGGGGCGGUGAGGAGGCGGGGGCCCUCAGGGAGACGGGCUCCCGCGGGCACGCGGGGGCGCUUCUGGCCCUAGAGGCGACGUGGGAGGUGGCAGAGGCUGUGCGGGAAGCUGAGGCCCAGCAGGGCACAGAGGAGGCCGGCGCGGGGGAGGAGUUGGUGCUGCUGGUGGAGGAUAUCAUGGCGGAGGUGGAGGUGGUGGCGGUGGAAGAUGAGGAGGUGGCGCAAGCAGAGCAGGUGGAGAAGCCGAAGGGGCUGUGGCAGGCAGAGCCGGUGCCCCGGCCCGACCCAGCCGGGGCCGCACUUGCCGCGCUGGAGGUGGUUCAGGAGGCUCUCCGCUCUGUGGAUGCCCAAGCCACCAGGGCUUACUUGCGGCUCAAGCGCAGGAUGAAUCAGAAGCGGAGUUGUCACCUGGCUCGAAGGAGGGCCAUCAUUCGGGGCAUCCCUGGCUUCUGGGCACACGCCAUCCUGAAUCACCCCCAGAUAUCAGCCGUGACAGGUGACCAGGACCCAGACUUGCUCAGCUACAUGACCAAUUUAGAGGUGGAGGAACUGGGUCGUCCCAAGUACCGGUACAGGUUGAUGUUUUCCUUUGGGAGCAAUCCCUACUUCCAGAACGACGUGAUCAUUAAGGAGUAUCACCUUAGCAUCGCAGGAUAUAGGGCAACUCGUUGCACUCCAGUCCAGUGGUUCUGGGACUAUGAACGUGGAGUUGCCAGCCGCAGGCGGGAUACCAGCAGCCUGAACUUCUUCAACUGGUGGUGUGACCCCAGCUGCCCAGGGUCCAACAGGAUCGCCGAGUUCAUCAUCGAGGACCUGUGGCCCAAUCCCUUGCAGUACUACCCAAGGCAGGAAGGCGCCCUAUGGGAAUGAGCUGAGAGGAGGCCCUGUCGGCAUGGCAGCUGUGUGGAAGUGGACAUCACAGAGCAUCCGACUUUGACCACCGAGAAGAAUUUGAUGAGGCCUCCACCGAUGGCAGACACGGAUGGGCUCGUCUACGUGGUGCUCAGCCUACACGGGACAGAAACAGGAGAAGGAUCAGCAGGGGCAGCGCUAGAGAGGACCCUGCCCCUAGCUGCAGGGACAGGGAGAAGGGCCAUAAACAAGUCACAGAGCAC